AAGGAAACGUUAACGUUCUUCAUAUAAACGUUCUUCCAAGUUAUAACCUGUGUUCCACGUUAUUUGACAUAACAAAGAAUUUUAUCUUCGGUGUUGACAGUUCUUCCAUGAACAUCUGGCAUUCAAGCGGCACUCCUUGAAGAAAGACGCGACAGUUCAAGAAUAUCAGAAAGUCUGACGUUUUCCGUCGCUCGCAAGACCGCUCUCAGCUGGGAAACGUCUGUUGGAGACCUGAUAACCCUCACCAAUUUCUACUCACCUUAGCCGAAAUGCCUCCUGUCAUUCAGAGCCCAGCAUUCACCCUUUCCCCAAUCACUGAAGAAGAAGAGGUAGAGAGCAUGGAAGCUCGGCUUGUCACGAAGAAACUGGAGAGUGUCUUGUACCGAGGUGUCGAACGGUACUUCAAUUUUGAUGCCUUCAUCGUACCCCGGAAUACACUGCUAAAGGCUGCGCAUGACAUACUGAGGCUGUCCUCCGAACGCCCGCUUGGCCUUCGCGGUGCCCUCGUUGAACUUUAUCUCUGCCAUGAAGGUUCUUGUAAAAGACUGGCACAAGUGGUAGCAGAUCCGCGUCAGGAAGUGAAGACCGUGAUCAAGCUGACCCUCCACCAGGACGAGACCUCAGACCCCGCCACGCUGCACCUGCGCUCGGGCUACACGAUGGAACGUUGCUGUCUGCCGUGAAUGCGCUGCCCACACAGCACUGGUCGUCGUGGUCGCUUCCAGUGUUUCAGUGAGAAAAAAAGGGACGUUUGGCAAAGCCAUGGAGAUGGUUGAUUUAGUGGGGAGGUGACACUCCCUGCUGAAGAAAAUAUUAGGAGAUAUUCUCUGGACGGAGCUCUCUCGCCUCUCAGGUCAUGCAGUGCGACGCGUGUCUGAGAACUACUUAAAGCAUUGAAGAAGUGGCUGAAAUCGCCUCGUUGGUAACUGACCCAAUGUAGGUGCCACGCCUUCUAAUGUUGGCAAUUGCUUAUCGAAUUUGCAGCAGCAUGCGUAUUCUACAGGUUUGUUGUAGUUCAACUGUAAUUUGUAAGUGCAGAUGCCAUAAGAAUUGCUAUAUGCAGUACCACUAUGCCAAACUUAAAACAGUUCCAAAUUUUCUGUUUGGUUUAUUUGAGUGUGACUACGAUUUAUUUUCAGAUGACGUUUUGAUGUAUAUUAUACUAUAAACCAUUAUAAAGGUGAAUAGUGUAAUCCAAAUAUUGUAAUAGAUUAGUUGAAAAAGAUAAUUACCUAUUUUUAAUAGUAAAUCCAGCAGAUUGAACAUUUGUAGUUCUUUCAACGGCGUUUGAAUGUGUAGCUUGUCAUCUAAAUAUUGCUGUGAGACUCCAUUCUUUGUGAUAACAAUAGAUGGUAGCACGUUAGCGUGAAUAAUAACACAUGGGAUAUACCGGUGGUAUGGAGCCCGACAACGGCAGAUGAUGAUUUGUGAUAAUUUGCUCAUAUUUUUCGCUAUAACUGGUGCUAAUUGUUAACAGACUUCCAUUAUGUAAGAGUUUAUAUACAUGCUUAUGUUAAAGCAAACUUUUUCAGGUGGAGACUUUUAUAUGUCAGAAACUCGGGAGUCUGUCUUGCUAUUGGUCUUACAUUGGCGAAUUGCCAGUGAUGCAAUCUGUGAUACACUGACAACCUCAAUGGCUUGCUGUUAGUAGAUAGGUCAUGAUUCAGAAGCUUAUAUUAAGUUCAAAAGAUUUGCAGACUUUUCUUCCUUAUUUCUUAAUAGGUGUCAAAGAGAAGUGUUAUUAACAGCAUAGUUAUAAGUCAGAUAAUAACUAAGCAAGGAAGACCAUUCAUAAUUUUAUGUGAAUGUUUUCCAGAGUGGAUUAUACGUUGUGCAGAAUCGAAAAUCGAGUACAAACAAUUAAAAUAAAAGAUAUUGUUUACA